CUGACUGAGUGUACGUGUGCGCGCGCGUUCGAGCUAUUGAACAGUUUGGGGAAGGACACACAUACACCUUAGUCUCAAGAAGUGAUCCGGAGACGCACCGAUGUGGUCUGAACCACUUUGUCAUUUUAAAUAUUGAAUAAGUGGAGUCGGGGAAGUCGCGUCGGGUUCCACUUUGAGAUCCGUGUGAUCCUGGUCUGUCGCUGUCACCAGGGAGGAGUGUCAUGGCGGAGCCAGACUACCUGGAGGGAGACUGCGAUGAGCUUAUCAAACCCAAGAAGCUGAUCAACCCCGUCAAGAACUCCAGGAACCACCAGGACCUGCACCGAGAGCUGCUCAUGAACCAGAAGAGGGGCCUGGCUCCUCAGAACAAGCCUGAACUGCAGAAGGUUCUUGAGAAGAGGAAGAGGGAACAAAUUAUCAAAGCUCAGAAGGAGGAGCAGGAAGCCCACAAGAAGAGGAGCGACCUGGAGAUAGAACUCAUGAAAAGACAACAGAAACUCGAGCAGCUGGAACUGGAGCAGCAGAAAAUUGAAGAGGAACAGGAGAACACCCCUGAGUUUGUGAAGAUGAAAAGCAACCUGCGCAGGACCAAGCUGGAAACAGAUGGGGAGGAACGAACCACUUAAUCACCUGCAGGGGUGUCUGGCUGAUUGAGAUGUUGGGAGUGUGUGUACAAAAAGAGAGAGUGUGUUGUGUCUGUGGUACACAGUGGUGACCUGACCAAGAUGACCCUCCUGGCUUUUUCCCAGCCUAGCUGUCCUGCCUGCAGUGAGGAGAGAGACUUUAGAGACUAAAGACCCCCCCUCUGUCUGCCUACAACAGACCGCCAGCACUCUCACCCUUCCAGCAGCACAUGGCACCCCCACAGGAGGGACUUUAGACCGACAUGUUAAGUUACACGCUUUUCAACAAGGGCGAGCGAGCUUCCAAUGAGCUCUGGAGAGACAACCAAACACACACAGGAGUUUUUACCUACUUUGUUUUCACUCCUUUGUGCACAGUGAGCUGUUGUUUCUAUUCACCGUUUUCAAUGUUGUCAUUGUUGUUGUUUUCUUCUCAUCUUCAAAAUCAAUGGAAAAGUGGACACUGGAUGGACUCUUGAAGCUGUGUAAUAUAAAAGCCAAACAAAUGUGCUUUUUGUUAUUUAUGUUUGUAGCUUUUAGCCCAGGUGUAGGCCAGAAAACUUUUAGUCAUUCUAUAUUUUACUUUGUUUUACAGCAUAGUAUAUGAAGCCAGAACAGGACAAAGGGAGUGUGUGGUUGUGUGAAACAAUCAGGUUUGCUCAGUUGUUAUUAAUCCAUGCCAUUUCCUCAGCUAAUUACAUUUGGAGCAAUAGUAGAACUCCCAGGCAUGAGAAUGAAUUUUCUUUAUAUAUUAUGUUGUUUUGUAUGGAAAACCUGAUGCUUAAUAAAUAUUUUUUUUUGUUUUGUUUA